CAUAUUAUAAUGUGUUCGAAAGAAAAGUAAAAACAUCUUUUGUUUCGCUUCUUUAAUUAAAUGAUAAUUUAUGUGUAUUUGAUUAGCAGAAGAGUUCCGUUUAUAUUUCAAAACAAUUAAUUAUUUAUUGCUUUUUUCUUUACAAACAACUGGCAACAACAAAUAGCAAGUGAAAGUGUAGAAAAAAGAAAAAAAAUAUAUAUAUAUAUUUCUUCUUAUUUUAUCUAUUAAUACUUAACAGAGCUUGAGAUCAACUUGUUUUUAUUUUAUUCUUUUAAACUUGAAUCUUAAAUCUAAAUACAUAUACACAGUCGAGGUAGCUUCCUUAAGAACUUGACUUUGUUGAUGUUUAUCUUAAAAUGCAAUCGAACAAUAUGAGUGUACGUACACAACCCUGAAGUGUUUUUCACAUCCUUUUGCUUGAAAAUUUCAAAUCAAAUUUAGUUAAGUUCAUGCAGCUUGAUGUCAUAUGUGGAUAGCGGUGACUUGAAGAGAACAAAUAUACGAGUAUUAGUUUUUGUAUCAAAUAUCCAUUAAUUCGUAUAAAAUUCUAAAAAAUUCACCUGCUAUUUAAUCAUGUAGUGACUGUUUACUUGUGCACAAUGUGCUUUCAGGUUUUAAUUUUUGAUCACUCAGCCAAAUUGUUAUUUCUUCUCCAAAUGCCACAGGAUCGCAUCUUAUGAUUAUAUAGUAUAUGCAUAUGUGUGCUUGAAUACUGCAAGAUUCUCUCCGAUUAAUUGUUAUAUAUAGACUCGCGGUGUUAAACUAAACGAAAAUGUGGCCAAAAGCAAAUUUAUUGUAUUUUGGCGUUAUUUUUAUGGUAAUGCAAACAGUCAGCACUAAGCCCUCCAAGGAUACGAGCGAACGAGCUGAUAGUACAAAAAAUGCUAAUACCAAGAAUGAAGAAUUUCCCGAAGAGGAUUCGGACAUGUUGAUGGAACCUAAUGAUUUUUCUCCAAUAACCAUUUUGAGAUCUCAAGAGCGUCAAUACCAUGAACUACCAACAAGUCAUUUUCGCCCUUUACUUGUAAAUACGCGACAUAUAGCCCGAGCAGAUGUAACUAAUCCGACACGAUUGAAUUCGCCGGACUCGCAUAGUCAGGCAGCACAAAACUAUUAUCCACCGUUCUUUCGUGAAGCUCCUCCUUUGGGUCAUUCACGACCUUAUUUUUCUUUAACCGACGGUGGAGCCUUGGUACCGAAAUUUGCAGAAAUACGACCCAAUGAUGGUAAUUUAGUUGCCCAUCAGCGAUCGCUGGGCUACGAUCAAAGUGUUUUAGGUUCGGGAGAUUUCGGUGUCAUUAGAGGCGGUACUUUUUAUCCCGAAGAAGAAAUACCAUAUCAUAAUGAGGAUAGCAUUGAUUUCGUGCAAAAAUACACAUAUCCCGAAGAACAAUUUGCUCAUUUCAGGGAUUUCGCUGAUAUUAAUACACCGGUCGAUUCGGCCUUUUCACAAUUUGUGGUUGUGUAUCAAGCAAAGAAUUCGACCGCAAAUAAUGGAAAAAUACAAUCACAUCCGAAAAAUAUAUUCGAACAAUUGGAAUUGUUGGAUAAAGAGAAGGCAGCCGAACAGACUAAGCUAAAGAAGAUUAGCCAACCGAGUAAAACAAAAACGAAAUUAGCUAAAACUAAGAUGGAACAGAAAAAGUACAAGAAAAAAUCGAUGGCUAAAGACGUCGAAGACGAGCCGCUAUUGGCUUUAAGUUAAGACAGAAAAUCAGUUUAUAUGAAUUAAUUUAUUAAUUUUAAAGUAAUAAAUUUUUCAUCGUCAUCACUUUCAUUAAUAUUACACAAGUUGCAACAAUCGAAAUAUAAUAAUAGCAAAAAAAAAAAAAAAAGAAAUUGAAAAUUACUCCCAGCUAUUGUUUAGAGCAGAGAUAAUCAUUUUCGUUUGAGAACUGCCACCAUAUACAUACAUAUAUACAUAUCCAAAAAAAAAAAAAAAAAAA